AUGGGGAAGCAUAAGCUCACUCUGAAGACCGAGGAGGACUCCAAUCCUCGUGAUAAGUACAUAACCUGGACUGACGAGGCGACAAGAUUUAUGCUUGAAUGGUAUAUCGACCUUCGUAAGGACAAACCUGCAACUUUCAAGUUCAAGAAACAACACCACUUGCAAUGUGCUGAUGCUCUAAAUGGCAAGUUUUCGCUUGGUGUCACUCAAACCCAAGUGGAUCGACACUAUCGUCAAUGCAAGGAGAAGUGGGGCUGGGUGCGUCGUGCCAUGGCCAAUAGUGGAAAUGGCCUUGACAGAACCACUUUCACAUUCACACUUUCUGAGUCAGAAAAGCAAAGACUCAAUCAUCAUUAUUUUACUCUUUUUACCUUACCUUGUGUGCAGAAAACUGCAGUCAAUUAUCUUACCAGACCCAUUAGGUUCUUUCAUCAAUUGGAAGAGUUAUUCUCGGAUCAAUCUCAUGCUGAUGGCUCACUCGCAGUUGACCAAACCACUGUCAAUGUAGAUGAUGGUAGUGAUGACAGCGAGGAUGUGAGGGAACUUGAGGGAAAUCUAAUUCCAGCAGACAGUGAUGAAGCUGACUCUGACACUAUUGAUCGUCGCAGUCCUAAAGUCGACUUGGAUGGCAAUCCAUUAAACAAGAAGCGCAAGUGUGCAUCAUCAUCACCUUCCAAGAAGCCAACCAAGGGCAAAGCAAACAAGAAGGGCAAGGUAUCUAAUGAUGAUAUGGUAACCAGUAUCAAGAAGCUAGCUGAAUCCCUUGCAUCCCCUAUUGUGUCUGUGCAACCAAUGCCACCUGCAGAUCCUUAUGCAAAUCUUUGGAAGCGGAUCAAUGCCCUUACCAUCCCAGCUAAGGAUAAACUUGAGAUUGUUGCCUAUCUAUCCAAGCCAGACCAAGAUAUUUUUCGUAGUUAUCUUAACUAUGCCGAUGAAACAAUUCUUCGAGAGUGGGUCAUUAGCUACUUUGAGCCUCAGUUUCAUGAAGGUGGCAAUGAUGGAUCUGCGGCUGCUCACUGAAUUGCCACAUGGUUAGAUAGAGUUUGUGGCAACCUUUUGUUUAUAUGGCUAGGAACGCUUUAACACGUAGUGGGAGCAUGGAUAACAUCAUCAUGCAUAUUUUGUCUAUAUACAACAAACUUGGGUGCAUCAUGUACUGUUUGUAUGGAGUGCAUUUGGUGCAUGGCUGGCUGUUUAUGUCCUAGAUGCUAUGGUAAAGGAUGUGAACCUUAUUCCGUCUAUCAUGUAUCAGACAAUAUAUGAGCUACUUAAUGUAUGAGUUUAAUUCUGAAGUUCUGAAAAUGCAGAGUUUGUGUGCGUAUGUGUGUUGGUUAAUUCAAAUUUUUAUUUUUUUGUAGCAUGUGAUAUGUGACUGCUUGUUUACACACAAGCGUUCUUUUAUUUGGCUGGCAUGCAAUUUUCAAAUUUUGAAACCAAACCAAACACAUGCCAGUCAAAUGUGCCAAAUAUUUGGCUUCAAACCAAAUGACAUCCAAUGGUUUUGCCAAAAAAUUGGCAAGUACUAAUGGCUACAAUCCAAACAGCCAUGACUUGCCAAUUUUUUGGUCAUGCCCUGGAAUUGGUGAUGCCAAUUAUUUGGUAGGGCAAGAUUGGGCUCAAUCCAAACAGC